AGCCCAUUAAAUUUUAUCGAAGGCCUUCUCCAUAUCUGAUGUGGCUAUAGUCCGAGAGCCCCCAUUCAGCUAAUCAUGGACAGGUCGUACCAGGGGCGGACUGACAACUCAUGGGGCCCCCGGGCAAUAGGGGAUCAUGGGGCCCCUGUGCCCUUGCCCAAACUCAAAAAAGCCAAUGAAAAAGGUACCAGGGGCAUCUCAUGGGGCCCCCUACAGACCCCAGGCCCUCGAGUAGUGCCCAAGUUUCCAAAUGGUCAGUCCGCCCCUGGGUCGUAC